AGCUGCCCGCUGCCGAGCUGCCGGUGCAGCCCAUCCUGGUGGACCUCUCUCCCCGAGCAGCUGUGGCCUCCCCUGAGGCCCCUGUUCCUCCAGCUAAGCAGCCUGUGCUGAAGAAUGACAAGGGGUCCGGAACAGAGUCUGACAGCGAUGAAUCUGUACCAGAGCUCGAAGAGCAAGACUCUACACAGGCCACAACGCAGCAGGCACAGCUUGCAGCAGCAGCUGAAAUAGAUGAAGAACCCGUUAGCAAAGCAAAACAGAGCCGGAGCGAAAAGAAAGCACGGAAGGCAAUGUCUAAACUGGGCCUUCGCCAGGUGACAGGAGUAACCAGAGUCACCAUCCGGAAAUCUAAGAACAUCCUCUUCGUCAUCACAAAGCCAGACGUGUAUAAGAGCCCAGCGUCAGACACCUACAUAGUCUUUGGCGAAGCAAAGAUCGAAGACCUGUCCCAGCAGGCCCAACUGGCAGCUGCUGAAAAGUUCAAAGUGCAAGGAGAAGCUGUUUCAAACAUCCAAGAAAACACACAGACCCCCACCGUGCAGGAGGAGAGCGAGGAAGAAGAGGUUGACGAAACCGGCGUCGAAGUGAAAGACAUUGAGCUGGUGAUGUCCCAGGCGAACGUGUCCCGAGCAAAGGCAGUCCGUGCCCUGAAGAACAACAGUAAUGAUAUUGUAAAUGCUAUAAUGGAGUUGACGAUGUAGCUGCCAGAGGGAGGAGCCUUUUUUGGUGUUUCAGAGAAGAGUAAAAUGCAACUAAAUUUAAAAUUUGUACUAUUUCUAUCAAUUAAUAAAAGUUGUGGCUUAUUGUUGGUGAAA